AUGGCAAUCGACCUCAUUCCGAGUGCCUUCCUGGCACGCCCCUUGAAGAUCGUAGUCAUCGGGGCUGGUAUUUCAGGCAUUCAGUUUGCGCACGACGCGACAACAUCGCUAUCAGGUGUUGACCUCGAAAUCUACGACAGAAAUCCCACCCUUGGAGGCACCUGGUAUGAGAAUCGCUAUCCCGGAUGCACUUGCGAUGUGCCUUCCCACACCUAUCAGUUUAGCUGGGCGCCGAACCCAUCGUGGUCAGCGCUCUAUCCCCCGGCCUCGGAGAUUCAUAAAUACUUGGAGAAUGUGGCUGACAAGCACAAUCUUCGUCGCUUCAUGACUUUCAAUACGGAGUGCAACUUGGCUCGAUGGGAUGAGUCUACCUCGAAAUGGGAAGUCGUGCUCCGCAAUGUGGUAUCCAACGAACAGAAGACUAUCUCUGCCGAUGUCUUUGUUUAUGCCGUCGGACGCCUUAACAACUACAAGUCUCCCACAGUCCCGGGCCAGGAUGUCUUUCGGGGAAAGCAAGUGCACACAGCAAAUUGGCCUAUUGAUCUGACUGUAAAAGACAAACGAAUCAUUGUGAUUGGGAACGGUGCAAGUGCUGUUCAAUGUGUGGCAGCUUUGCAGCCAGUUGCUUCGAAGAUAAUCAACAUUGCUCGAGGUCCGACUUGGAUUCUGCCACACGUAUUUUCCGAAGAUGGUGCUGUUCAGCGGCAAUACUCAACUGAGCAGAAACAAGCUCUCCAGUCAUGCCCUGCGCAAUACUAUGACUUUUGCGUGACCUUGCAGAAGAAACUCGCAGCGGGCUUUCCUGGACUCUGGAAAGGCACCAAUUCCCAAGCCAAAUUCACAUCUCUGGCACAGUCAUUUAUGGAGUCUAAGAUCGCUAACCCCGAUCUCUUGAAUGCGCUCCUGCCGGAAUUUGAAGCUGGCUGUCGUCGCUUCACGCCUGGUAGUCACUAUCUGGAUGCCCUGCAGCAGCCUAAUGCAGUGUAUGUGCAAGACUCAAUCAAUAAGCUGACAGAGAACAGCCUCAUCACCGAGUCUGGUAAUAAGUACGAAUGUGAUAUCAUAGUGUACGCUACGGGAUUCGAGCCAUACCAGCCACGGUUCCCCGUUAUUGGUAGUGCUGGACGAUCUCUGACUGCAGAGUGGGAUCGAGAGGGACCUUGCGAGAGCUAUAUGGCUGCAAUGGUUGCUGGGUUCCCUAAUUUCUUUGGUGAGCAGGGUAAUGCGUUGUCGUUGCCGAUCAUUUCUAACAAGUGUCUCACAGUGUUCAAUCCACCCAUCUGCCCUGUUAAUGGCUCCGCUAUUCCUGGCAUCGAGAGAGCAAGCGACUACAUGACACGAGUUUUGUCCCGUCUGCAGACCGACAGACUGCGCUCGGUAGCCGUGAAAGAACAAGCACAGACUGCAUUCAACCAUUGGGUCCAGUCACGAAUGCCGCAUAUGGUCUGGUCAGGACCAUGCAACUCGUGGUACAAAAACGCAAAUGGAAAAGUCAUUGUUCCAUGGCCCGGCACCGUCCUGCACUACUAUGCAGCAACCGAAAUUAUCCGCUGGGAAGACUUUGAACUUGAUUUUGAAAACCCCGCUGAGAAGUACGGGAGCUUUGGCAACGGUGUCACUGCAGAUGGCUUCGUGCCCAAUAAAUUCCCUUGGCUUCAUCCCCCUACCACCGUCUCACGGCCGGAAAAGAGGGCCGAGUUGGCUACUCGAGUACUUGCCGCACCAAGCAAUAUCCUGUUUCGUGUGAUGAGCCAGGUUUUACGCAUGCUGGGCGGAGGUACACACUCUCGUGAGCGAUCAGCCAAAGCGUAA